UUGUUAUUUUGUUAGCAGGAUGCCAUGAGACAUUCAGAAUUUCGCGCUGGAUUUUUUUCGCACCAGAUGUGGGGAAUAAUACAAUAGAGAAAAUGGGAGAUUUGGAUUCUGGUUAUGAAGAGGUGGACGGCGUAAAGCUUGGGUACCUUAUUAUUAAGGGGAAACAAAUGUUUGCCCUUUCCCAGGUUUUCACCGAUCUUUUGAAAAAUAUACCAAGAACUACUGUUCACAAACGAAUGGAUCACUUAAAAAUAAAUAAGCAUCACUGUGACCUGGAGGAAUUAAGGAAACUCAAAGCAAUACACUCUAUAGCUUUCCAUGCAGCUAAAUGUACUCUUAUUUCAAGGGAAGACGUAGAAACUCUGUAUACUUCUUGUAAAACCGAACGUGUGCUAAAAACCAAAAGAAGAAAAUUAAACCGGAGUUUUUCUUCGAAGGAGCAUGGCGAAGAGCAGAUCUCCCCAGAUUCCUACAAUAGUUUUUUGAAACAAAACAAAGUUUGGCUUAGUUUACAUGGGGCUCCCCAGCCCUUUUCAUUUAAAAGCAAACCUAUACAACAGGAGGAAGCAGGCUUGCUCCCGGCUUCCAAUCUACCUCAUAUUUACAGUAAAUACGCUGGUCACGGUUACCCAGCGAUGACCAGAUUGCCUUGCACAAAUCCUCAAAACUAUGAAACAGCUCAAAUACCCAGUAACUAUGUAGCAUUUCACCCGAGUCAUUCGUUUUUUCGGAGUGUGGUUUGCAGCAGACACCCAGUUUUCUAUCAAUCCGCCAUUGUGACUCAGCCCAAGCUCGCAAGCACGACUGAUCUGACUUGCAAAAGAAAAAGAUCACAAGAAAGCACAGGGAAGCACUUUUGGAAUUCCAGCAUCACCAGUCGGCGAGUUCUGCUUGCCCCAAAACGUUGCAAGUCUAAAGUAGCUUCUUUGGAUAGAUUUCACAUCGAACACGGGCUGUAUCUUGGUCACCAGCAAGGAACUUUACAGGAAAGCUACAGUAGUGACUCGGAGUCCAGUUCUUUUUCAGAUCGUGCUGAUAACGACUCGGAUUUUGGCUCAAGUUUAUCCACUACUAGCAACUCGGGAACGUCUGAUGACGACGAUGAGGAGUCGCUGUCUGAUUCUUCAGAUGGCCCUUCUGAUGAAGACAGCUCCUCUCAGUCGGAUUCUAGCUCAGUUUCCAGCCAGGUGUCUGUGCAGAGUAUACGGUUCAGACGAACUAGUUUUUCAACCCCUAAUAACAAACCCCCUUUAUUAGCACAGCCUACGUUUUACUACAAUAUACAACCCAAAUGCAUAAAUAAUACAGAAACAACUGUGCUAGAGGAUGACAUUUCAAAUGGGAAACUGCAAAAAUAUUUGAAACCCGCUAUUGUUACAAAAAGACACGAGCAAGGCUGGACAUCCAAACCACGAAAAGCCUUAUGCUCCACUAGUCUUGGGGGUUGCUUUAUCGGGACUAGGAGCGACAGGAUAUCACAGAACGCAUUCUCACACUCUGAAAUUUCAGAUAAUCUAAAGAGGACUGACCCAACAAUUAACUCCGUUAAAGAGAGAGGCUCUUCACUUAGCCCAAAGGAAAACACAGCAUUUCCACAACAAAGAAUAGCAGGACAGGCAAACUGCCCCCAAGCAUCCAGCUCACACUGUGCAGAAAACAAUGAAACAAUAGUCUCUAAGCCCUCAGAUAAUGAUUCUUCAUUAGUAAUACAUUUUAAAAAAGAAACGAAAAUUGGCAAUUGUGGUAAAUUGUCACCGGAUUCACGGAUUUUAAAAACUGAACAGGAUUUAAUUCAAAAUAGUCCCGAUAAGAACACUGACGCUGUUAAUAAAGGAGAAACUUUUCUGCACAGUGUGAAAAUAAAAGUGGAGGAAAACUGUUAUGACGACUACAGCCCUGAAGAUCAAUUCUUCACAAAUGGAUAUGAGUGCAAUGUUAACAAGAAAGAAGUUUCUACUACUGCCAGUAACCUAACUUGUGAAGACAACCCGAAGGACACUUUAACACAUGCACAUGAAAACAUUUAUUCGUGCAUUGAAAGCCCAACCACUUCCCCCAAAAACCAGGAUUUUCAAGGCACUUUACGCACUCCUUAUCUAGAGGAAUGGGAGUAUAAAAACGGUGCGAGGGUGAGAAAGAACUACAGGACUCUUGUAUUAGGAAAGCGACCUGCACUGCACACGACUCCAGUCAGGCUAAAUGUGAAAUCAGACAGGAGUCCACGUUCUACAGGUAAAAACGUGUUUCACGAAGGAACACUGGAAGAUUGUACAGGUACAAGCAAGCGCAAACGAGUAGCCAGCGGUGUAGCAUCAGCGGUGAAAAAGCCGUUUAAUUUCAUGGCAAAUUUCCCCACUCCACCGUCACUAAUUAUUGGCAGUGAUGGGGAUUUGUGCCCUGCUUAUUCAUUAAACUCUCUGAAGGAUCCCCAACCACUUCACAAGGCCCAUCCCGUCUGGAAAUGGCAACUUGGCAGUUCUGCAAUACCUCUCCCACCUAGCCACAAAUUCAGGAAAUUUAAUUUAUGACACUCGUUAUCAGUAAAAUAUAUUGCAUUUCUUUUGAUGGGAAAGUAAUAAUUGCUUAAUCUGUGCCCAGAUGUAGUGAUUGUGGCAAAACAACUGCAUCUUGAAAAAUGGAAUAAUGUUGAUAAACAAGCUCUGAAGAUCGCAAUGGGAUUAUUUCUGUUCUGUAAGACUUGGUUUUGUAUGGAUAAACAUUCCACAAUGUAAACUACUGCUGUCGUACUUUGAAGUACUUUUAAUGUUGUGCACCUGGAUUUGGGACACUUUAAUGCUUUACUAAUUAACACCAAGUACCUCAAACAUUUCUACAAUAAACGACAAAACAAGUUUAAAUAGAAAACACAUAUUAGACAUGAGCCAUUUAAUUUAUGCACUAUAGUUUUGCAAGAGUUUUGACGUAUUGUAAUGGUUAUUUUUGUGUUGAGACUGUAUAGUGGCAAUAUAGUAUAAAUGAAAAGCAGUUGUGUUUUUUUUUCUGAGACAAACUUUUGCAAAACUUUUGCUGCACUGUAAUGAAAUGUCUUUAUUCUCAUAUAAAUGCAAUUUUAAUUUA